GACUCCCCGGUGUGGGCCGGCCCUCGCUAGGCUCUGAGAUAAUCUUGACCGGCGGAAAGCAGACGGAGAGUCGAAUGCGGCACAAGUCGACGAUCGUUCGCCCAGAUGUUGGAAAAUUCAGAGGGAGGAAGCAUCAGCUUCAACCGGCGUAAGCGCUAUGGCACACGUUCCCUCCACUGAAGAGGUACAGAGUCCACUUAGUUCCUCUCGCGGCGGGAGGCCUUGGUCCUGUGACUCUGAGAGCGAACUGAGCACAGGAUGUCGGGAUGCAAGCUGGAAAGGACAGGAGUCUGAGCUCUCAGACACCAACAGUCUUGAAAUGAAAUUGAGUAAGAAGUGGAUUAAUUACCUCAAGGGCAGAGAGCCUAGCUCUGGACGAAGCCAGCCGGACAAUAAACUUCAGACAGAAAUCACUCAGGUAUCCAGUGAAGAACUGCGUGCCCAGCAGUCUUUCUGCACCAUGAAGGUAGAUGUGAUCCGCCACAGAGUGAACUCGAAGGACACGAGUAGCAGACAUAGGAAGCGGCAGCUUAGACUGGAUGCAGAGGCGUCAGAGCUAGAUGCCUUACAGCGUACUGUCCCUGAUGAACUUCUGAGCAAACUCUAUUUUAGAAACCUUAGCGCAACAUUAAAACAAAUAGGAGCAGCCAAGCAGCAUACCGUGUCUCAGUGUCCUAGCUGUAAUAGGAAAAGAGCAGAGUUGGCUCAGUCUGCCUUCCUGAAACAAAAGAAGACUUUACUGGAGUCAUUUCUACUGCAAGAGAAAAUAGAUGAGCAUCUUCAUACCACAGAUUUUCUCACCCGUGUGCGAGUAGCACAUCAGGGCCUUCCCCGGCUAUUUGACGAUCCCAGAAUGAUCUGGAAAAGACAUAAAGCUGAGAUCCAGUACUGUGGAGUUGAAAGAUAAUGCUUCAAGCAGAUGAUGUCGCCAAUUACAUAAGCAAACAGGAAGUCGUGGUUAUCAGUGAUCGUUUGUAAUAUGCAUGAUGUCCCUGGAGUGUAUGUGGGUAGUUGUCAUUAUUUUUACAGACAUUUGCAAACUAGUGUGAGACUUCAUUAUGUGUCGUUCACAAACUUAAGGGUCAAGAGCCUUCCGUUCAGUACAUCUUUUAGAGUGUAGAAGGUGAUGUAGUUCGAAUAGUUGCAAAACUUUUACAGUGAUCCAGGAGAGAGACAUUGGUAGUUAGAACUAGGAUAUUGAGGGUAAAAAGAGAAAGAAGUGCAGUGAUGUAAGAGACACUUAGAGGAUGGAAAUUGACUUUUUGUUGAUGAAAUGACUAGGGACUUAAUAAAAAGAAUAUGUUAAAAAUGUUACUAGAUGUUGCACUUGUGUACCUGGGUGAAUGAUAGUUUCAUUAAGAUAGGAACUCCAGAAGAGGACCAUGUGUAACGGGAGUCAUCAAUAGUGUAAAUAUUUGUCAUGAGUAGUCUAAGGUCUGUUUGCUGCAUAUACAUUUAGAGGUUGAGGAAACCUUAAGUUGUCUGUACUUGUAGCCUAGAGAAAUGGUCUGCAGAUAUGAAAUAAAGGGACAGGAGGGGAAAGUACUGACGUACUUGGAAAUUAAAGCUGUAGGUACAAUGUGCUGUGCUAAAGGAGCCCAGAGUGAGAAUACUGUUGGGUUAGUACUAACUCUUGAAAAAUGCUAACAGUGUCCAGGAGAGUAAAGUCAUACAAAGAAGUUAUCAAGUUGAAAAGAAUUUUUUUUUUUGUCUUUUUGAGACAGGGUCUUGUUAUGCAGUUCAGGCUGUCCUUAA